CUUCCAACCAGCCGGAGCCGCCAGCUCCAAAACCUGCCCGAGGUGGGGAUUAAACACUUCCAAAUUUGAGCCAAGUCCUUCAGAAACUUGAGCACAAAGCCCCUGGGAGAGCUGACUUGUCUCCGGUGUGUUCAGCUGAGUCUGCUCAGGCAGCUCAUCCAUCAGAGCCAGGGAGGGGGAGGAAUCCCUGUGGGACCAUUCCCAAAUCUGCUCCUUCCACAUCCUGCUUGUCCCUGUGCUUAUCCUACACCCAGUUUAUUCCAAACUCUUUUAUUCCUUUCCUAAAACCCUGAUUUCACAGCCAGAUGGAUCUUUUUGGUCAGUUUUCACCCAGCUCCUCCAUCCCCUUCCCGCAGCCCCGCACGAGGAUGCUCCUGGGCAAGAAAACAAACGCCACAAGAGCCGCUGUGCUUUCUGCGGACACUCAGAUCGCUCAGAACGACUUUUCCUUUAAAUAUCCCGAGCUAAAGCUCCCUUUGUCUGGACGAAAAUAGUGUCUGCUGAGAACUUGAAGAAAAGCUUGAACAGGACAAGAGGAUGGAUUUUGAAUAUGUAGUGGAAUAUUCUGAACUCCCCAGCUAACACAGAUAAGAUAAGAGUGACAAAUCUGUGGGGGAAAAUGGACAAUAUCCUUUGCUUUUGAGGAGAAAAACGUUUCAAAGAGGAUGCGAGCUAUGACAAAAGGAGGCCAUUUCCCCUCGUCCACCCUUCCCACAGGAGGUGCAAAUGUCACCCCAGCACUGAGCAGAUUAGGCUGGGUUCAUCUUUGAGUGCCCUUGAGCUUCUCUGUGCCAGGGCCUCACCACCCUCCCAGGGAAGAAUUCCUCCCCAGUAUCCAUUUCCAGCUGCCCUGCCAUCACCAGGGACAUCCUUAACUGGAGCAGAUUUCUCAGAGCCCCACUGCUCAGCUCUGCCAUGCUCCUCACUCCCCUUUUAAAGAGGAUUUAACCCCUUUUGUGUGGUUUUCCCCGCUCCCACCCAUCACAGCAGCUGUUCCUCCUGUCCUCCAGGAGCUGCCGUGGACAGUCAGGAAAUUCAAUCUGCAGAGCAAAGCUGGGGAGGGAGGAGGCAGAGGAGAAGCAGCGGCAGUGAGAGCAGCAGGGAACAGCUGCUGGACAUGGCUGGGAUGCAGCUGGGUGCUCGGGGCAGCAGGAGCUGUGGGCUGCAUGCAAAGAGAGCUACAGACGAGAGAGGGAUGCUCUGGAGCUGGGUUCCCAAGGAUGGAGACUUGGGGCACCACAAGGGGCAACUUGCUGAGAGGAGAAGCCUUGAAAGCAGCAAUUUCAGGUUUGCCUGCAGAGCUCCACCUCCAUCUGAGGGACACCUCACAGCAGCCCCAUGGCUGUGCAAAGCCUGCUGAGCUCCAGAGAGCCUUCUCCCCGCCCAGAGGCUUUUUGGCCAUAAAAAAUGCAGCGAUUUGCAUCCCAGCCCAAAGGCUGAGCACCCCUGCAGUGCUGCACUCCUGCACUCCAUCUCCUCCUGGAUUUCCUGGGAAGCUCAGUGGGUGUCAGCACCAGAACUCUUUUCCCUUUUCCCAAGCUGUGAUGCUGUGCCAGAAUCCUCUAUUCCAACCACACACGUUUCACAUUUAUUUCAAAUGUGGUUUAAAAGGGAGGAGGGGGACAGGCCAUAAAUAUUCUUUCCCAGUGCUGUUGCCUGAGCCUGGGAAUACCCAAAGGAGUGGAAUGGCCCCCGUGGGUUGGCUCUGUGGGACAGACCUGUGCAGCCCCAGGUGGCUCUUUCAUCACCCCAAGUGUGUCUGUACCCCUGGGUGUGUAAAUCCUCCCCUGGCAGGCAAAGUUUUGGGGAGCAGAGAGGACCUGGCCCCACUCCUAGCACUGCCCAUAUUUUCAUAUUUCCUCUUUCCUCCCUGGCUCUGUGCAUGCUCAGGAACAUGGGUGCAGAACAAACCCUGUCAUUUUGUGAUGAAGCAGCCAUUUCCUUCACAUUUUUCCUACAUGACACGAAAUUUGGAUGUUACUGAGUGUAAGUUUGGAAACCUCCUGAGCCUGCAGCCGCUCCAGGCACAGACCUGGAAUGGUGACCCCUCUCAGCAGUUGUGGUUGAAUUCAACCUUCUGCUUGGCCCAGGAGGUGUAUGUGGCUCUGCAUGUCCCCUGCUGUCCCCACGGCGUGGGCUUGCUCCCUGCUACCAGAUGCAUUCUUUGCUUCCAACAUAUGGCCUCAAUUACUGUCCCUCUGCCUUGAUUUCCUGCCUCUCCGGCUUUCCUGAAACUCAUCCCCUCCUCCUGGCAGCUGGAACUCCUGCAGUGAGAUGCUUUGCAAGCUCUCACAUUCCUCCCUCCCUGCCUGCCUCCCUCCUGCUGCUCUGCUGCCUCUGACGAGGGGGUCCUGAUGCAGAGCAGGCACAGAUGAGGCUCAGACCCCCCCAGGUGCUGUCACCGAGCCCAGGAGCCCCAAGGGCCUGGCUGGCCACAGCCAAACUGCCCAGCCCAGGGUCCAGCAGGGCUUUGUCCCAGCUCCUCUGGAUAGAGAUCCCUCCUCCCUCUGCACCCAUCCCACACCACCCUGCAGUUUUCAGCCUUGCUUGAUUUGCAAGGCUCAGGCUUCUUUUUAUUGCCAUCCCCUCCCGAGGCCGGGGGCUUUCCAAGCCUCUGCCCUUUGAAAGGAGCAUCAAACCACUCCGGGUUUCCCCUGGGCACUGCUUGGCCUCUUUCCCGGGCAUUUACCCCUGCAGAAAAGCCAUGUGCCCGUGGCUUCUGCCUCUCCAAGCUUUGGAGGAGGGGAGAGGGCUCUGUCAGCGGCUCCUGGUGGGAAAUGGAUUUGUAGAAAACUCAGAACUUGACAGAAAGCUCACACAGUGUGUAUCUGUAUGCAAACCUUGAGAUAAGAAAUGCUUAUCUUAGAAACGCCAUGGAAUAGGACAGACAUUGUUCAGAGCUAGAAAAAAGUUUCAAAGGAUGGCCUUGCAAAUAAGACUGGAUACUUUAGAGAGAUAGAACUAUGAAAGUGCAUUGUAGUAGGACCCACGAGGGGUCAUUUUAGAUGAUUGGCUUUAAGGCAUUUACAGCGUGGCGUGGCAAAAGCUGAUAAGCCAAGAAACUCUUAUAAUGUGUUGUAAUUAAGAAAUAAUUGGCUUCUGAUUGUGAUGGUGUGAAUUGUAACAUCUGUAUUGUCUCACCCUUCACAUGAGACUGAAAUUGGAAUAAAAGUUUUUAAAACGCCUCUCAGUUGCCCCAUCUUUGGGUCAGACAAAUCCAGCAGCUCCUCAGCCCCUUCCUGCUGCUGGGGGGAGCCCCAGGCCCUGCAAAUCUGAGGAAUCUGAGCUUGUUCAGGGCUCAGGGGGAGCUGGGAACAGUUAAAUCCCACAAAUGAAGCAGUUAAUGAUUCCCAUCCCCUUGCUGGCACGGUUCAGGUUUUGGAAGGGGGUCUGGCCAGCAGCUGUGCCAGCAAUUGUAGCUCCAAAAGAGCAUUUUCUUUCUGUGUCAGCUUUCAUCCCUGGCCCCUCUGC